AUGGUUGAAGCUGCGUCUACACCUUCUCUCCCUUCGGCUGCUGGUGCUGCAAUUACCACCGCUAUCGCGCCGGUGUCAGUCCAAACACCGGUUUCUGCCAACCCAAUGGUUGAAGCUGCAUCCACAUCUUCUCUCCCUUCGGCUGCCGGUGUCACUGCAAUUAUCACCGCUAUCGCGCCAGUGCCAAUUCCAGCAUCUGUUACUUCUGCCGCUCCUUCUGCCACUCCCUCCUUUUCCGCUAUUGCAUUAGCGGCACUUGCCAUCACAACCACGGUUGCUACGAUGGACAGUUAUUUUGCUGACACUAUUUUAGCCGCUACCAACGCUAAGAGAGUCUUGCACGGGGUGGAUCCGCUUGUGUGGAACGAUACUUUGGCCGUUUACGCUAACAAUUACGCCACCUCUACUUACCAGUGCAACGGGAUCUUGAAGCACAGUGGUGGUCAGUACGGUGAGAACCUUGCCGCGGGCUACAGCACUGUUGGUGCCGUGGAAGCCUGGUACGAUGAGAUUCAAUAUUACAACUUUUCCAACCCGGGCUACAGCUCUAACACGGGUCACUUCACCCAGUUGAUCUGGAAGAGCUCGGCUCAGUUGGGGUGUGCUUAUAUCAAUUGUACCGGAGCCUGGGGUCAAUAUAUCAUCUGUGAGUACAACCCCCACGGUAACGUCAUUGGCUGGUUCCCUCAGAACGUGUUCCCGCUUCUC